AUGCCCCAGACUUUACAGAGGAAACAAGUCCAGGUGACCAAGGCCAAACGGAGACCCGGUGCACUCCCUGUAAGGUUGACCAGCUGCAUCUUCCAGAAGCCUGUGACUAGAAUAACCUCCCAUCCUGACAAUGAUGUUAGGUGCCGUCAAUGGGAGGAGAAGCUGCAGAAACCUCAGCAAGUCUCUGCCUACAGGAGACUGCAGGGACUCCAGGCCUGCAAUAGUGAAGGAGAGCUUUUAAGUCCAUUUGAUUUUGAAAGUGCCUUCAAUAUAAUUGUACCAGGAAUUCCAGGUGAACCCCUAGGCCAAGCUGGUGCUGGGGUUCUGCACACCUGCCCUGAGCCCACCAUCGGGCGGUCUUCAGAUUGGGCUGAAGGGGUCCUGAAAUCAGGUCUGGGUCUCUCACAGCCCCUCUGCAGACAACAGGUGACACCUGGAGAUAUCCAACGACAGAUAUGGAAAGUGAGGAAAGCAAGGAAGAGACUGGCCGAGGCCCUGAGGGCAGACAGGCUCGCCAGGGAGGCAGAGAGAGCAAUGUGCCAAGGAGAAUAA